AUGCUGAAGCCAAGAACUAAAACAACAGAAUCGAGUAGAAGACAUGCAUUCUCUUCAUUUCGUGAAAGAGUCGAUUCAAUUAAAAUCGAACCAAGUAAAAAAUUAACUAAAAGGGUUUAUGAUUAUAUUGAUACUGAAGAUCAAACUGACUCAUAUUUUCUUACUACAUUGGAACAUUGGAAAGAAACUAAUUUAUCAGGGAAUUUCACUGAAUUUUUAAAUAAAAUUGAACAAAAUUGUCAAUCAUUACCACAACUUAUUUAUCAUCAAUCAAGUAUUUACCAAGCAUUAUUUGAUGCCAUUUCCAAGAAUGAUGUUCAUUCAAUUCAACCUUUACUUGAAUUAAUGUCACAAUUUAUUCAUGAUUUAGGAUCGGAUUUUUUACCCUUUUAUACUAGGACAUUGAAAUUAUUGACGGAUUUAGUAUUACUGGUCAAUCCCAAUGAUUUCCAAAAUAAUAGAAAUACUUCAAAUGUUUUAGAAUGGGCUUUUAAUACUUUGGCAUUUGCAUUCAAAUAUCUAUCACGUAAUUUAGCUAGUGAUUUAAAACCAACAUUUAUGGAAUUAUUACCUUUAUUACAAUUGACUAAGAAAACCUAUAUUUCCCGAUUUUGUGCAGAAGCAUUAUCAUUUCUUAUACGUAAACUGAAUCCCGAAUCUUUAAAUGAAACUGUUCAAUUUUCAUUAUUUGAUCAAAUCGAUAUAAUAUUAUAUAAUGACGCCUAUUGUGAAUCCUUAACGAUUUUAUAUAGUGAAGCCAUGAAAAAUACAAAGGGUACUUUCCAUUCUAAAGCCAAUGUGAUUUUCUCCAAACUUAUGGAAAAUACAUUAUAUAAGGUCGACGCUAAGGCACAACCAAAACUUAUUAGUAUCAUAUCCGAUAUCAUACUCGAUAUUUUGAAUCAUGGAACAGUGGAAGCAUGUGACAAGUUUUAUGCGAUGGUGACUAAAUAUUUAAACAGUUUACUUCAAAAAAAUGACCCAUCAGAAGUCGAAUUAUUAACUACAUAUCAAAUAUUAUCCACAUUAGCAUUUGCCGAAUCAGGUAAGAAGAUUACUAAUUGGGAUAUUGUUCUUGAAACUGUUGAUUUAUUAGUUGAAAAAUUAAACAGCAUCAACAUCACCACCACCACCACCACCAAACAGGAAUUACUUGAAUCAUAUAUUUAUUUAUUGGUUAUUGUGUUUAGAAAUGCUGAUAUUCAAUCAUUAACUAUUAGACACAAGAAAUAUUUUGAUUCAAUUUAUAAUACGCCAGGAUUUUUAACAUUCACUGAAGCUAGUUUAUCAAUUGCCAAAUCUAAAGUUAUCAAUUUUGGAAUCACAAAACUUGUGCAAAACUAUAUCAAUAACUGUUCCUCCAAUGAUAGUGAAAAAUUGACAUAUUUCUUGGAGAAGAAUGAUAUUAGUUCAAAAUUACAAAUUCCUCAAUCAUUAGUCACUCGGAUUGCCAAUGAAGUAAAUCAAGAUUUUGAAUCACAAUCAUUUAAAUCAAUACAUUGGAAAUUACUAUUAUUAAAUUUUGCCAACAAUUUCCAAGAUAUAAAUUUACAAUCUUUGAAAACAUUAUUGUUUAAUUUAGGCAAUGGCAAUAAAAAUCUUGCUGCUAUAACUUUAGAUAUUAUUUCUCAUAAAUUGAAAGAGCUUCUGGAUUCUCAAACUACUCAUUUGCAUGAAGUAACAUCGUUUUUGGAAACGAAUUUCCAUAAAUUUGAUACAUCAGCAAAAUUUUUAAAUGCAAUUAACAAUUAUGUCAAAACAACUACUCAAUCUGGAGACUUUUUAUCCAAGGCAAUUACAUGUUUACAUUAUCCAACCCAUGAAUUACGUACAAAUGCCAUUGAAUUGAUUUCCACUUUGGUUGGUGAUUCCUCAUCAACGUAUUUAUCACAAAUUCGUCUUAUUGAACAAAUUCCUUUAAAUAUAAGUACUGGAAGAGAUAUUACUUUACGUAUUAGAAAUUUGGCUACUGAAUUUCUGAAAGAAAUAAAUCCCAAUGAUUUAGAUAAAAAUUUAAUUGUUAAUUAUUUCUUUGGAUUACUUUCUAAUAAAUUCCAACCAUCAUGGACAGCAGUUUAUGAAAGUUUACCACUUAUUUCCAGUACUUGCAAACCAGAAAUUUGGCAAGUAGCAUAUAAAUUACUUACAUUGGAUUACACAAAUGACGAAAAUCAUGAAGAAGAUGAAGAUUUAGUAAAUUUCCCGUUUGAAAGCACAUUGAUUGAUUGGCAACCACGUAAUUCACGUUUAUUAAAUAAUUUUGAACUGUUUGAAAAUUCAUAUUUGGCACCUUAUAGAAACAUAUCCGAGGCAAUUGAUAAUAGUUUAGAAAGAAAUGCCCAUUUUGAUAAUAUGGUUAGAUCUCAUGUUUUAAGUGCUUUGAAAACAGUACCAUCAGUGGCUGAAAAGAAUGCUGGCAAAUUAAUCCCCAUUAUAACCCAUCAACAACCAACAACAGAUGAAGACGAUGGGUUACAAUUUUGGUCACGUAAAGAUCGUAAUGAAUUACUUGAAUUAUUUGCUAAAUUCAAAAAUUUACGGAAAAUACCUGAAGGUGAAGAAUUAUAUGAUUAUUUACUUGAUUAUUUAUUAACUAGUAAAUAUGUCAAAGUUCAACAAUUAGCUCUCGAUGUUUUAUUUACAUGGAAUAAUCCAUCCAUAAACAAAUAUCGAGAUAAUUUGAAAAAUUUAUUAGAUGAUGCUAUAUUCAGUGAUGAAAUUUCCAAUUUCAUAAUGACUAAUUCAUCUUCUUCUUCUUCUUCAUCAACCACAAGUAUUAUUGAACCACAAGAUAAACCAAUAGUUAUGAAAUUUGUUAUUAGAAUUUUAUUUGGUAGAGUUCAAGGAUCACCUAAAAGUAAUAGUAAACAAGGUAAAAAAUUUGCCGUUAUAUCGGUAUUACCAAGUUUAACUAAUUCAGAAAUUAUAUCAUUUAUUGAAUUAGGAGCUAAUAAAAUAGGUUAUGAAGGGUUUUUCAGUGGUCAAAUUCCAAAAGCAAGUUUAGGACUUGAUCAAUCAGAAUUGAAAAAAAUUAGUGGAUUUAUUAAUUUAUUACUGGAAGUUUAUAAUACUUUGGGAGCUAAUUAUAGCGAAUCAUUACAAACCACCAUCAAACCAUUAGUGUUUUCUCUUGUUUCAGCACAAAAUAGAAUUGAAUCAACAAGUUUGGUGGAUUCAAUCAUAACUGAAAAAAUGGCGAAAAAUAUUAGACUGAAUGGUAUGAGAUGUUUAACUGAAUUAUUUAAAAUUAUUGGUGAUGGGUUUGAUUGGAAUGAUUAUUUAUCUUUGAUAUAUGAUAAUUUAUUAAAUCCAAGAAUGGAUACAUUUGCUGAUGAAAAUUUACAACAACCUUCAGCUAUGCUUAAAUUAAUAUCAUUUUGGAUUGGUCAAUCUAAUACAUUACCAUUUUUAUACAUUGAUGAAUUUGCUGCUACAAGAGCCAUAUUAUCCUUAUUAAGUAAAUCAUCAGAAGCUAAAGAAGCAGUGACUAUAACAGUAUUAGAUUUUACUAUUAACGCAUUGGAACGUAAAGAUAAUGAAAUUGAUGAAAAAUAUUUCACAUUAUUAGCGUUUGUGGUUGAUUCAUUGUUACAAUAUUUGCCUCAAACCAUUGAAAUGAUUUACAAUAAAGAUGUUGGAUCCCGAGCCAUAAAAGUUUUAUUGUUGUUGAUCUCGGGUAAAUAUAUUGAAGAUCAUGAUACCAAAUCAAGUUUAAUUAAAUCCCUCACUAUUGCCCUUGAAAAAAAUAAUAAUCAAAUUGAUUUGGAUGAUAAGGCAAAUAUUUUAGUUUCAUUAUCUUCAUUAAUUGAUGAAUAUGAUUGUGAAUUUCAUGAAAUCCAACCAUUAUAUGAAAUUUGUUCAAAAUUGUUAAAAAUGUUUGCCGCAAGAAACGUUAGAGAAACUUUAGUCGUUGUUAUUAAUACUUUGGGGAAUAAAUUCAAACAAAUCGAACCAAUAGCACCAAUUAUUGCUGGGCUAAAUGCUUAUAGUGAUAGAAUGAGUGAAUAUGAUUUUGAAAAACGUCUUGAAGCAUAUAGAUUGGUGAAUGAAGAGUUGUAUACAGAGUUAACCCCAAUUCAAUGGUUACCUCUUUUAUAUUGUGCAUUAUUUUUUAUCAACGAUCGUGAUGAAUUGGUUAUAAGAGUUAAUGCCGGUUAUAUAUUGAAAAGAUUUGUUGAUUGUUAUUCCUCUAAAGAAGAACCAAAAGAAUAUAUUCGUCUUCUUAAGGAUAUUGUGUUACCUAAUUUAAAAAUUGGUAUUAGAAAAGAUAAUGAAGAUGUUCAAACUGAAUAUAUUUUGGUGUUGGAACACAUUAUUGAACAUUCAAAGUAUUAUACUGAUUUAGAUGAUAUGAGAGUUUUAGUUGGCAAUACUAGAAAUGCUGCUACUGAUGAUGAUGACGAUGAAGAUGGAGAAGAUAAUUUUUUCCAAAGUAUUAAUCAUAUUCAAUUACAUCGUCGACAAAAAGUCAUCAGAAAAUUACGUGACUAUAAAGAUGAUUUGAAAGAUAAUAGUAUUUCCCAUUAUAUUUUACCCAUAAUUGAAGGUUAUGUCACCACCAAAGAGGAUAAACUUAGAAAUAUUGGGUUAGAAGCAUUAGAAACCAUUGGAGUUUUACUUAAAUCAGUUACUUGGAAUCAAUAUAAAGCCAUUGUGAAACGAUAUAUUGCCAAUUUAAACAAAGCUCAAGAUACAUUAAAACAACGUGUCAAUUUAAUCGUUGCUGUUUCAUCUGCUUUAGCUCAAUCAGUCAAAGAAAACAAUACUAAUUUACCCGAUCAACAAGAACUUGAUCAAUUUGUAUUAUAUGAGAUUUCUCCACCAUUAUUGAAAAUCUUACAAGUGCGUGAUGAUGAAACUAUUGUGGCUCGUGCUCCCUUGGCAGAAGCAUUAACCAAUUUCAUGUUAUGUAUCACUAAAGAAAAGAUUGAUGGUGAAUUACCGUCAAUUUUAACUAGUACAUGUCAAGUGAUGAGAUCAAGAUCGGAAGAAUUAAGAGAUGCCGUAAGGAAAACUUUAGGUAAAAUUGCUGUAUCUUUAGGACCAAAUUAUUUGAGUUUUAUAUUCAAAGAAUUGAAAACUGCAUUAUCAAGAGGUUCACAAAUUCAUGUUUUGAGUUUCACCGUACAUUAUUUAUUAACUUGUGUGGCCACCAUAUUAAAACAUUCUGAUCUUGAUGAUUGUAUUGAGAUCAUUAUUGGAAUUGUCAUGGAAGAUAUAUUUGGUGCUGCUGGUCAAGAAAAAGAUGCUGAAGGUUAUACUAGUAAGAUGAAAGAAGUUAAAUUCAAAAAAAGUUUUGAUACAGCAGAAAUCGUUGCCUCUAAUGUAUCAUUAAAUCAAUUUGGUACCAUUAUUGAACCAAUUAAAAUGUUAUUACAAGAAAUGAUUUCUCAUAAAACUCAAGUUAAACUUGAUGAAUUACUUCGAAGAUUAUCAUUGGGAUUGAAUCAUAAUCAAGAAGCUUCUAAUAUUGAAAUAUUACAUCUUUGUUACGAAAUUUACAUGAUGUCUAAAGAAAAUGAUGAUGAUGAUAACGAAACCAAUGGGAAACCCAAAGUUAGUGCCAAAGAACAACAUUUCCUUACUACUUUGGAUAGAAAAGUGAAAAAACGUGUUGAUAAAUCCCUUUAUAAACAAACCAUGCAAAGACUUUCAUUUGAAUUGUUAAGAACAGCAAUUUCUCGUCAUGAUAAUUUAAUGUCCGUAACCAAUUUACAAGGGUUUAUCCCCUUAUUGGAAGAAGGAGUCAAAUCAGAAAAUGAAACCGUGAUAACGGCAUCAUUGAAAAUUUUAAAUAUAAUAAUUCGUUUACCAUUCCCUGAUCAAGGAAUUUUUAAAGCUUGUGCAAGAAGAACAUUAAUAUUAAUUAAAGAUUCACCUUCAACAAAUCUGGAUAUAUGUCAAGCAGCAUUAAAAUUUUUAGCUACUACUAUUAGACAUAAUCCUGAAGUAACCAUGAAAGAAUCAGCCAUUAGUUAUGUUUUGACGAGAAUUCAACCUGAUUUAGAAGAACCAAAUAAACAAGGGUUGGCUUUUAAUUUUUUGAAAGCAGUUGUAUCCCAACAUAUCAUGAUCCCAGAAAUUUAUGAUUUAAUGGAUAAUGUUGCCAAAUUAAUGAUUGUAAACCAUUCGAAAGAAAUUAGAGAUAUGUCAAGAAGUGUUUAUUUCCAAUUUUUAAUGGAAUAUGACCAAGGUAAAGGAAGAUUAGAAAAACAAUUCAAAUAUUUGGUUAGUAAUUUGACUUAUCCAACUGAGGAAGGUCGUCAAUCAAUAAUGGAAUUGAUUCAUUUAAUUGUUGUUAAAGCUGGUAAAGAUUUAUUAAAUAAAUUGGCAUCAUCAUUUUUCGUGUCAUUAGCCAAUGUUUUAGUAUCUGAUGUUUCUUCAAGAUGUCGUGAAAUGGCUAGUUCAUUGAUCACAACCAUAUUGAAAAAAUUGGAUGAUACAAGUAGUAUGGAGAAAUAUUGUCUUGCGUGGAUAAAACAAUCAACCAAUAGUCUUUUGAAAAGAUGUGGUCUUAAUAUUUAUAAAUUGAUUAUAAUGGCUCGUGGAUUUGGUAAAAAUAAGGAAUUAGACAAGAUUGCCUUGGAUAAUAUAUUGAAUAUAAUUGAAGCCUCCAGAAACAGCAAAGAUGAUGACGAGGAGGAAAGAAGUAUGCCUAGUACUAGUACUAGUGGUGGUGGUGGUGACGUUGAAUGGGAACUUGUUUAUGCUUGUCUUUCUACGUUCAGUAGCAUUGCAUCUAUCCUUAAAGAUCGAAUAUUUGAAUAUCGCAAAAUUUGGAAUGGAAUUAUUAAUAUUUUAUUAUUUCCUCAUUCUUGGAUUAGAUUAAUCACUUGUCGAUUAGUCACUAUUCUUCUUUCCAAUAAUGUUGUUAGUGAAUCCCGGAAAUAUGAUUUAGAAACAAUAGCGACUAAAUUGAUUCAUCAAUUACGAGCACCAUCGAUAACUGAAGAUUUAGGUACCCAAAUCACCAAAAAUUUAGUAUUAAUUGCCAUGAAAUGGGAAAAAGAAUCUUAUGAAUGGGAUGAGAAAUUUGCUAAUGAUCAAUUAUUAUCGAAAAUUUGUGGUAUAAUUAAACUGGAACAUGUACAUUCAAUUGUUUCAAAGAAAUCAUGUAUUAAAUUAACUGCCAUGUUUAUUCAAUUUACUAAUGAAACUAGAAUUAUCAAGAUUUCUGAAAUGAUAAUAUCGGCAUUAUAUAAUUAUACUGAUCCGACAUAUGCUACACCAGAUGAUGAAUUGACUAAUUUAAGUUUAGAAGCUUUAGAAUUGGUUCAAGAAAAAAUCGGUACUACUGAAUAUACUAAAUUAUAUUCCAAUGUUAAAGUUAAUGUUAAUAUUAAAAGACAAGAAAGAAAAGCUAAAAGAGCUCAAAUGGCAGUGUCGGCUCCAGAAAUAGCUGCUAAAAGAAAAUUAAAGAAACAUGAAAGGGUUAGAGAGAAAAGAAAACAUGAAAAAGAUAUUAAUGGUUAUUAUAAACCAAAGAAAAAGAGAAUGAUGUAA